AUGACCGACAGCAGUGCAGUUGCGGACGAGUUCGGAGCUCGUCCGUCCGACGACGGGUACGAUGAUUACCCCCGCGGAGCCUUUCUCACGGACGAUCUCUACGGGACGUCGGAUGACCGCCUGCCUGAGCUGCAUAUUGCCAGCGCGCCCAGGGCCUUGAUGCUGACCUUGGCCGACUUGAUUCGCCGCCACAAGCUCCUUAUCGCAUGCUUGGUCUACGUGUUGAUGGAUAUUUUCACCACGGUCUAUUACAAGCGGCUGAUGGACCACACCGGGAACUACGCCAUCGUAACUAUGGAGGUUUUGGUGAUCUUUUUCCUCGGCUUAUUCUGGUCGCUGUACUGGGCGUGCUCCUACCUUUUCCCGGCGUACAUGGCCCAUCCCUUCAACUAUCGCCAGCUUAUUCCGAUGUCGCUGUUCGACAUAGUGAGCACUCUGCUCUCCACAAUGGGAAGCGUGGAAACCAGUGGGAUCGUGCUAGUGAUGCUGUCUCAGGUCAGCAUCCCCCUGACCAUCAUCACCUGCAAACUGAUCCUGGGACGUGUAUACCACUGGUACCAAUAUCUCGGAUCGCUGCUCAUAGUUCUGUUCGUCAUCAUCAAGGAGCUCACGGUGCCCAUGACUACCGGGAGCAACAACCUCGUGGCCAACAUGCUCUACAUGGCCUCCUGCCUGCCGGACUCAAUCGCUUCAGCGCUGCGCAGCGGGGUCUACAUGUCGGAGUCGUUUCACCUGCUGAAGUACCAGGUCAGCGCCAUCAGUCUGCAAUUCGUCCUAGGGUUCCCGCUCUUCGCGUUCACACUCGCCGCGCGUAGGACGCAACCGGACCUUGGCGUGUUAAGCGGCUCGCUGCAUGACGUGGGCAGCGGCCUUGCGUGCCUGUUCCUGGGGCGCAACACCAUCGUGGACCAAUGCUCGUCCAGCGGUGAUAUCACCUGCGACAACUGCGAGGGAGCGUUCCGAGUGCUGCUGACCUAUCUGCUGUGCAACCUCAUCAUCCGGGUCGCCUACGUCGUGAUAAUGAUGAACGCGACCGUGACUCUGGUGUUCCUCCUGGGUACGCUGAAGCUGCCGCUGUGCUCAAUCGCCUUCUCGAUGAAAUCGCUAAGUGGCGACAGCGCCACUGCCUUCGAGAUAAUCGACGUGGUGUGCUUCGUGGGCAUUAUGGCCUCGCUGGGCAUGUACGCAAUGGGCAGGAAGAUGCUGGAUGCGCCUCCCGAGUGCCCAUACGCGCAGCCGAUGUUGCCCGAUACAGAGUAG